CUCGGGUGGCGAGGGUACCUCCCCGGCCCAUGAUGCAGCGGGGCGCGGGGUACCCUCCCCGGGCAACACUGCGGAGGCUGAGGGCAACUUCCACCCAGGUAUUUUUCAUUUUUUUUUUGUGAUUCGCAGUUGACCGGCCAAAGUAUUCGUACUUAAUGGUUUUAGUUUGUUUUGCAAAUAUGGAGUUCGAAGAGUUCGCCAUCCCCGAGGAUCAACCAGCAGGGGAGACCGGGGGCUCCCAAACCAACACUGCCAGGACCUUCCCGGUCAAUCCAGAGACCGUGGAAAUCCUUGACGAAGAGGAGCCCCAAGAAGACCGGUCUAAGGGGAAGGAGAAGGAGAAGACCGGUCGCCAGGUGAAGAAGGUGGCCACCACGCACCCCUUCUAUGCCAAGAAGAGGGCCCGGUCAGAUCCUGAGCCGGCCGGCCAGACCAUCGAAGAGGCCUUCGUCAACCUGGGGCUGAGGCUGAAGGAGGUAAGUUCUGCUGCUAUCCCGGUCUUGAUCCUUUGUCGUUGUUAUCCCAUUCUCACCGGGCUUUUUCUUCCUUUUGUGCAGGCGGGGGAGAUUGGACCCUCUACAGCUGACCGGCUUGGCUUAGGCUCUCCCUCCGAGUUUGCCCGGCUGAAGAAGGAGAAGGAGGAGAUGGCCCUCCUUCUGAGGAGCCAGGCUGAAGAGCUGAUCCGGCUGUCUGGGCUGGCCGGGGCAAUGAAGACUGAGAUCUCCCAACUGAAAGAGGAGAAUGGCCGGCUUCUGGACGAAGUCUCUGAAGCCAAGAGGGAACUGGCGGAGAAGGAAGAAACCUUCCCCGGGCGCGCAGCUGCCUUAGUGGAAGAGAAUAAGGCUGAAGCUGCCCGGGUGAUGACGGCUAGCCCGGAAGCGACCAUGGAAUCCUUCAGGCUCUUGUACCGGGAGCCUGAAGGAAAGAAGAUGAUUACCGCUAUUGGGUCCUUUGGAUUCAAGAGUGGUCAGAAGAAGGACCGGGCUGCCUGCCACCGGAUUUUGAAGAAAAGAGACCCAGAGUUCUCCGCAGCUUCUUACGGCCUGGCAUCCAUCCCGGAGGAAGGGCCUACUCCCCCCUUUCCCCUAGAUUAAGAACUCCCCGGCCUUGACCGGUUGCUUUGUAAACUUAAAACUCGUUUCCCCGGGAAUGCCCGGUGUAAAUGUAAAACAUUUAACAUUCUUAUUUCGUUUGAAUGCCAUGUUUUCUUUUCGUACCGGUUAAUCUUCCACUUCUGAUUGCUUGUUUGAUUUACUUUUUUGAUCUUGCUCCUUAGAAUACCAUCGUAGAACUUCUGACCGGUAUAUAAAUUAGGCCACUUCUC